UAUCAAACAAACGCGCAGUGCUGAUGAAACUCUUCGAGUAGCCGAUGGCGCGUCUGGCGGCUGGAGAGGCCUUGGCACGGGACUUCCUGAAGCUCGAGGCCCGCAGGGAAGACCUCGAGGCAAAGCAGUGGCGAUUCUUGGAGAAUGCGCAGAAUCGGCAGAAGACCCUGGAGCAGCGCCGCGUGGCCUCGGUGAGUGUCCUGGAGCGCCGGCUCCGGACGGAGGAGAAGCAGCAGGAUGUCUUGCAGGAGCGGAACCUGAUCAUUCGCCAGCAGGCGGCAGAAUUAUGCAACCCGAGCACCAGCGAGGUGGGGCAGCGGAUCCGAAGCCUUCGGGAGAGCUUUUCGCAGGAUGCGGAGAAGCAGUCAGUGGAUUGGCAUCGCCGCAUCGAGGCACAAAUCCGGGAGGAGAUCGCCUCGGCUCGGCGGGAGGUGCAGCACUGCCGCAGCCGCCAGGGCGAGGCGUUGGAGGUGUCCCUGAUGCAGGAGCAGCUGAUGACAGAACUGGCAGAGGCUCAAAGCCAGGCGCAGCAGGAGCGGGCCAAGCUCUACGAAGAUGUCAAGUUGCAGCAGGAACGGCUGCGGCAGAGGCUGUCGGAGCAACGCCAGAUGGCGGAUGAGCGCGUCAAGGCCCUGACUCCGGAGAAAGCAGGUAGAAGCGACAAGAGAGAGGAGAACUUGCGGGGAAGCGAGGAAGCGAAAGGCAUCCGCGACGCUCAGACCCUGUCGCGCCCGAGGGAGGCAAAGCCGAAGGAGUCUCCAGGUCGAGAUGUCGCUCAGACGACAGGAGUUUGGGAGGCGCUGCCGGAGGCUCGGGAGCGCCGAGGCUUCGUGCCCAAAGAAGGCACUCGACAAGCCGAGGUCUACCGCCAGCUGAAGCGCAGCGAGGCGGAGAUGCGGGCGGAGCUGCGGCUCCUCGAGGACCGCCUGGUGCUACGCUGCCUGCACUGUGGCUUUGUGGGCACACCUCCGGGGCCCGCCAAUGGGCUUUGCCCGGCCUGCGGGCAUUUCAUCGAGGUGCUCCGUGUAGCCCCGCAGAUCGCCCAAGGCCCCGUCCUCCGGGAGCCAAUGAAGCAGACGCCCAACCUCUCGGUGCCUCCCAAGGUCUUCCACCUGAAGCCUGCGGCGCCGGCCUUCGCAGUGAGAAGCGGAGGCACUUCCCAUGUCACUCAGCCAGCGCGAGACAGUCUAGGCGGCCGAUCGGAGACGUUGGCUGCGCAGAUGGCCCAGUUUGCAAACUCUGCCCUGGAGCGUUUGGAUCAUCUGAGUCCCGGGCCUGCACGUCCUGGUGCGUUUGCAUCCCAAGCGGAGGAGGCACCUCCACUGGCCGACACUCUGCGGCUCGCGCCGAUUCCGCCGGAGCCGGCGCCGGCUUCGGAAGCGGAGCGGGAGGAGCCGUUUUGUGAGGGCCGAAAGGGCAGAAGUCACUGCGAGGUCUUCAGUUCCAGGCCUGCCACACCGGAUGCGGGGAUGGCGCAGACUCAGCCCGCAGAUGCGGAGCCGGCGCCCGACAUUUCUGGCGAGGCGAGCUCGGGCGACAUCCUGGGGGACUUAGGCAUCUUGGACGUGCCAUUGGCGCCGCUUCCUGCCAGGCCGAGCACGGCUGUUGCUCGCACCUCUAGCAACGACUGGUACGGAAGCAGCACCAGCACUACACCUAAGGCGCAGGAGGAGCUGACCGCGGCUGAAGAUCUGAAGGCCGAUGCAUCCAGCGAGGAGGAGGUGCCCUUUGUGGGGGCUGUGCAAGAAGGCAAGGUGCCGAGCAUGUCCAUGUCCAGAGGCGAGAUGGCCGCGGACAUAUCCACGUCCAGAGGCCCCGAGGACUCUCCACCCCGGUUGCAAAGCGACGUGCCGAAGGCGCCGGACGUGAUGCCUGACGUGAUGCCUAACGUGGAGGCAGAGGCAACGGUCGCUGCCACAAGACCUGCUGCGCCAAAGCUCAUGCAGGAGAAGCCUGAAAGGGCCAAGCUGGACGUGCCAUCUGGGCCGGAGCUUGUCGAGAAGGCAAGACCGAAGCCAGAAGCUGAGGACAGCAUGGGUCUGCCAAGCCCCAGGCCCACGGUGACAGUAACCCAGCCACAGCCGCAGCCACAGCCGCAGCCACAGCCGCAGCCGCAGCCACAGCCGCAGCCGCGGCUGCCGCAGCUGCAGCCGCCGUCGCAACAAACGCAGGAGGAGCUUCAGGCUGAAAGCCCUAGCUGCAGCUUCACCUUUGCAGGGGAGGAGGCAGAGGAGCGAGCCCUGUUGGCAGAGAAGAAGAUGGAGACUGAGCCCUCUGUGCCAGAUGUUCCGAUGCCAGGUGCCAGCAGCUCCAUUGCCAAGGCUGCAGCGCACCGUGUGGCCGAAAAUGCGACCAAGCAGAUGAUGAGUGAAUUAGGCCUCGAGAGCGGCUCUGAGAACUCAGCCGCGAGCGAGGAGAGCCCCCGAAAGCCCAUCGAGGAGAAGCCGGCCCCGAAGGCGUUGCCGAAGCGCAGCAACCCGCUCUCCCGACCAGGUGGCGGACUGCUGGCAGAUAGCUUCGGACCCGUGGGAGGCCUGCCUGGCAUGGGAAUCGGCAUCGCCCGUGGUGCAGCCUUGAGCAAGCUGAAGGCCAAGCCCAAGUCCAGCGGGUCUUUGCUUGGUGGGCCGAUCGACUGGAACCAGAAGGAGGACUUCCGAUGAGCCGAGGUCGUUUUCCGAAAUGGGGUGGCUGAGUCUGCUCUUCUUUUCAGAAGCGGCCAGCAUUGAAGCGGGUCCCAAAAUUCAGGCACGGGCCCAGCUUAGCCAGUGCAUGAAAAUUCGAGUGCAAAGUAAAGAAUGCCAACGCGUCGCCUGCGGGGCUUGUACAUAGAAUCGCGAGCGCUUGAAGGCUGCAAAACCUUCAAAAUGGGAU